AUGAUUUUUGGAAAAUGUGCUUCAACAAUCGCAAUACUCAUACAUUUUUAUCGAUUUUGUAAUGGAGCAAGUUAUGAUGACAUCAUUGGAAUCGAAUACAAAACUAAUCCAGCGCCAGAUGGUCAUAGAUGCGGCAUCUGUCCUACAUACUUUCAAAAGAUUUGCGCCUUCAACUUCCAAACGAACUCCACAUAUAUAUUCGACAACCACUGUGUGAUGGACCUGUAUAAUUGUAUUCAUGGAACCGUGUUUGUACAAUUGAAAAGAUAUGAAAAUUGUUUGUACAUAGGCAACUUUGCCUAUGUUCACGGUAUUAAGCGAGAAGAUUCCGACUACGGAGAGGACCACAUAGGAAUUAUAGAUACGAAGAAAAAUCCCGAUUUUGUUAAAUAA